AUGGAUCAAAAACUGGAAAUUACUGAGAUUUGUCUACUGAAUUCACUUCCUAAUGACACAGCCCUCAAGAUAGCUUCAUCUCUCCAGGUUGCAGGCGUUUGUAAACUGAGCAGUUCCUCAAGGUUUUGGCGGGUGAUAUGUGGGUCUGAUUGUAUAUGGAAAGCUCUAUACAGGAAGAGAUGGCCUGCUGAAAUUGGUUCGGAUCAUAAGGAUUCUUCUGUUCAUGAGAGCCAAUCUCGUCAGGCUAAUCAACAGUUAGAACCCAGUGUCGAGGAGUGGAGAAAGAUCUAUAGGUAUAAGCAUGAAGAGAUGGCAACAAAAGCAGCCUCUAUAAUUAAUUAUGUGGAAGAAAAUGUGUGGCCUCCGGACUCCAUAGAACUCAACUUCAUUAACGAAGCAGCUGGUUACAUGGAUUGGGAGAAGUUUGGAAUUAUAGAUGUCGAAUUGCUGUUUCUCAGAGCAGGAGUCAGUGUGCUUGUAAACUCGGUGGGUUUGUUUUACUGCUGGCUGUAUGAUGUCAUGCCUGAAACUGAGGAAUCUCUCUUGGAUGCAUUAGAGAUAUCCGGAAUUUCAGAGAGGCAAGUAUGGGCGAAAUGGUGGGUGUACAAUCAGGCCGAAGGCAUUCCACGCGAGAAGUUAGUUUCUCUAAAAGACCUAGCCGCAAGUUAUAGAGGAGGAAAAGUUGUUGACAUCAUGCGCCGAAGCGUGGUGAAAGGCGAGAAUGAGAUUACCGUUAUUGUUUCUGCUGUUAACCUUAGUCCAUACCCUGGUUUUGCCAAACUGCAGACAUGCUGA